ACACUCCCUCAGUCUCACACUCACAGCCACUCUGCUGCAGACGGGAGCCGGCUCUGCAGCGCAGUGAGAGAUCGAGAGAGGGAGAGAGAGAGGGAUUCUUUGGGCCCAGACAAAGACAGACAGGCAUCCUGCUAUGGAUUAAGAGGAUCUGACAUACAGCUGGAUUGUGGAGUCUUACAGAGAGAGAGAGAGAGAGAGAGAGAGAGAGAAAGAGAGAGAGUUGUUUUGUGCGGGAGAGGCGUGUGUUUUGUGUGGCGUGUUGUUUGAGUGUGUUAUGAGACAGCGUGUGCUGUGUCUGUAUAUGUGUCUGAGUGUGUCCUGCAUCUGUGUGAGAGUCAGUGUGUGCAUCAGUCCCUGUGUGUGUGUGUGUUUAUCCUGCACAUACUACCAGGCAUAGAGUGGGUCUCUCUUGCUCGGUGUGCCCCCGCGUGGGCUCUCCUCCUGGGUGUUGCUAGACAUACAACUCCCCCGGGCUGGUUCUAGGUCUGGGGGUAUGACCAGGGAAGGAAAGCCAGUCCAGAGAACCAACAGGACAUCACAGACCAGGCACAGUUUCUUCAGAUGACACCUGGCAUACCUCUACCACCACCACCAUGGAGGUAUCUUACCUAGACAUUAUAUACCUCUACCACCACCAGCCAGGCUGCAAUACAAAAACGAAGAUACUGAAAGUUCACUCCUGAUCACUUGCCAUUUGCUAUUUUUUUUGUAUGUUCAUACUGCCUUUGUGGCUUAAACCGGGAUUGGGUGUACAUUAACUUGCCUGACAGCUUUACUAUACACAUUGAAAAUAUCCAUUGCAGGAAAAAUGUGGUUUAGAUAUUUUUGGAGAGAAGCGCAGCUCUCCCUAGCAACUCUAUCCGUCUGACUGGUCAGGUUUUCCUCUCCACCCGUUCGGUCCACCCAUCCAUCAGGGAGCGAGAGAACAUGAAUCAAGCUGUUGACGCUAAGAGGAUCAAUAACAUGAGCGGUUAGCUCUGACCCCUGGCUGAACAUGAGCAGUUAGCUACCAUCCCUGGGCCUCCACGGAUCAUUGACAUCACAGGAGGUUGUGAUCAACCAGGAAGAGAAAAGCUUGACAUGGCACCAACGUGGAAAAUGACCCAUGGAUUUAGGGUUAGAGCGGAAUCCUCACCUUUCACUUGGAGGAAAAGAAACGUUGUUCCUCCACUCAGAUGAAGCAUCAAAAAGUGUACAUUUCCUUGGGUGAAUGAGAGGGAUAAAGUGAUUGAGGAAGAGAUAGCGACAGAGAGAGAGGAGAAGUUGAAUUGUCUGGGGGAAUCCAGCGAUGAGACGUUCACGAUGAAGACCACGGCAAUGUGUCGGAAUGAGUUUGAUGUCCUAGUUGGAAGUCUUCCCAGGAAAAGGAGGGAGAGACAGAUUUUCUCUUUUUGUUGUACUAUUGCAGAAUAUCCUUCUAACAGUAAAAGAGAGAGACAGGGGAUUUCCUGACUUGACUGGUUUCUGGUAGACUUUUCUGUGGAGUUUGUUUUUCAGGAGGGUAUUGAAAGAUCCUUACAUGCCUGACUAUUGACACAUUCGCCUUAACCACUGAAUCCUGGACAAAUAUUUACCAUGGUGUUGUCCCACUGAGCACAGACGUCGGUUCAACGUGUAGUUUUUAUUUACAUUUGGCUGAGUUGUCAAUUAUUGUAAAUUCAACAUGAAAUCAACAAAAGAAUAUGACCAUGUCAAUGGAUUAAGGUUAAAAGUUAAGUGAAAAAAUACGAAAUGCCCUUACGGUGAUGACUUUCUGCAAAUCCAAUGAGUUUUCCAUGUUAAUUCAACGUCAUCACAUUUUUAUGGGUUGAAAUGAUGUGGAAACAACGUUGAUUCAGCCAGUUGUUGCCCAGUGGGGUAGUUCUAACCCCCGGCAUAAACCAGUUCACCAAAUAUCAUUUGGACAAAUGUCACCAUCCCCAGCCAAAUCGAAACUCUGCUUCACUUUGAGAAGCCAUCGAAUUUGACUUUCAAAAACAUGAAAAAGAGGGGAGAGAACCAAACGGUGAGAGACCAUGUUUGUGGGAUUCUAGUCUUUUAUUUUAACCUGUGAGUGACAAUUACUGUAUGAAAACGAGCACACACCUUUAGCUUAAAUGAAGGCAGGUCGCUCUCAGGCGGGACGGGAGAAGAAAAUGAUGCACGUGAACAACUUCCCCUUCAGGAGGCAUUCCUGGAUCUGCUUCGAUGUUGACAAUGGCACAUCAUCGGGACGCAGCCCCCUGGACCCCAUGGCCAGUCCAGGGUCAGGGCUCGUCCUGCAGGCCAACUUUGUCCACAGUCAGCGGAGAGAGUCCUUCCUCUACCGCUCGGACUCGGACUACGACCUGUCACCCAAGUCCAUGUCCAGAAACUCCUCCAUCGCCAGUGACAUGAAUAACCACCUGCAGAGGCCAGGCCUGACCUCGCGACGGUCUGAGCCCGUCAUUAGUGGACACCAUGGCGACGACUUGAUAGUCACACCAUUUGCACAGGUACUGGCUAGUUUGAGAACGGUACGGAAUAACUUUGCUGCACUAACCAACUUGCAACAAGACAGAGCCUCAAACAAGCGGUCCCCUAUGUGUAACCAACAACCACCCAUCACCAAGUCCUCUUUCUCAGAGGAGGCCUACCAGAAGCUGGCCACAGAGACGCUGGAGGAGCUGGACUGGUGCCUGGACCAGCUGGAGACCCUGCAGACCAGACACUCUGUCAGCGAGAUGGCCUCCACCAAGUUCAAGAGGAUGUUGAACAGGGAGCUGUCUCACCUGUCUGAGAUGAGUCGCUCAGGGAACCAGGUCUCUGAGUUCAUCUCCAGCACCUUCUUAGACAAGCAGCAUGACGUGGAGAUGCCAUGUCCACAGACGCAGAAAGAGAGGACGGACAAGAAGAACGCCAAGCCCAUGUGUCAGAUCAGUGGCGUGAAGAAGCUGCAGCACAGCACUAGCCUCUCCAACUCUAAUAUACCUCGCUUCGGGGUCAAGACCGACACAGAGGACCAACUGGCUACGGAGCUUGAGGACAUCAAUAAAUGGGGCCUUAAUCUUUUUAAAGUCACCGAGCUUUCAGGAAACCGGCCUUUAACAGUCAUGAUGUACACAAUUUUCCAGGAAAGAGAUUUAUUAAAAACAUUCAAAAUACCAUUAGACACCUUUAUAACCUACCUGAUGACUCUAGAAGACCAUUACCAUGGCGAUGUAGCCUAUCACAAUAACAUCCAUGCUGCUGAUGUCACCCAAUCCACUCACGUGCUGCUGUCCACGCCUGCUCUAGAGGCUGUGUUCACAGACCUGGAAAUCCUAGCUGCCAUCUUUGCCAGUGCUAUUCAUGACGUCGACCACCCUGGGGUCUCCAACCAGUUUCUCAUCAGCACCAACUCGGAGCUGGCCCUCAUGUACAAUGACUCGUCAGUCCUAGAGAACCACCACCUGGCUGUAGGCUUCAAGCUGCUUCAGGAAGAGAACUGUGACAUCUUCCAGAACCUGACCAAGAAACAACGGCAGUCCCUCAGGAAGAUGGUCAUAGACAUGGUACUAGCUACUGACAUGUCCAAGCACAUGAAUCUCCUAGCGGACCUGAAGACCAUGGUGGAGACCAAGAAAGUCACCAGCUCUGGAGUGCUACUACUAGAUAAUUACAAUGACAGAAUACAGGUCCUCCAGAACAUGGUGCAUUGUGCGGAUCUCAGUAACCCUACCAAGCCCCUGCAGCUGUACCGCCAGUGGACCGACCGCAUCAUGGAAGAGUUCUUCAGCCAGGGGGACAGGGAGAGGGAAAGAGGCAUGGAGAUCAGCCCCAUGUGUGACAAACACAACGCCUCUGUACAGAAGAGCCAGGUGGGGUUCAUCGACUACAUCGUCCACCCUCUGUGGGAGACCUGGGCGGAUCUGGUGCACCCUGACGCACAGGACAUCCUGGACACUCUGGAGGACAACAGGGAGUGGUACCAGAGCAUCAUCCCCCAGAGCCCCUCGCCUGCCCCGGACGAAGCCGACGACGGCAGCGGACGUCCCCCCGGAGGGGACAAGUUCCAGUUCGAGCUCACCCUGGAAGAAGACGGAGAGUCGGACACGGAAAAAGACAGUGGAAGUCAACCAGAAGAAGACGAGGAGAAUAGUUGUAACUCGAAAACGCUCUGCACGCAGGACUCGGAAUCCACGGAGAUCCUGUUGGACGAGGUGGAGGAGGAGAAGGAGGUGGUAGUGGUAGAGGAGGUGGAGGAGAGUGAAGGGGUACGCAGGGAACCAAGUAUGGCGGAGUUGGAGGAGGAGGAUGAGGAGGGAGAGGGGGAAGGGGAGGAGGGCGAGGAGAAGCAAAGAGCGGCCGAUACAUAGCAGCAGUGGAAACUGCGCGGGUUGCCAAACUGCGAGAGAGAGACUGUUGCGUUACAACGGCGAAUCAAGGGACGAGGUGAAUACUAGUAAUCGCCACAAUGUUGGUGAUGUGGCGUCAUCGAGAGUUCCAAAGCGCACGUUGCACUCCUCAAUCCCAGUCUUCUCCUCACUCCACUCCACCUGGAGGCGAUAUGGGGGCACAGACCCCACACCUCCCCUCCCCCCAGGACUCCCUCCCUUGGAGCUCCACACUUUUACACUCAGGAAUAUUUUAGUCGACUUUCUUGCCUCCUUUUUUGUUUACCUUUUUGGUUCGUUCGGCCUAUAGGGAGCGAGGUGGCGCCUUGAGUUCAAAGGCCAAUCUCCACCUCCCGCCUCUCCUCUAUCUCCUACCACUUCCUGUCAAUGCAGGAAGUAAGCAGAAAGUGUUCUUUGACUCCAAGACUGAGCACAUGGGCAACAACCAAGAUGCUUGGAACAGUCCUAACUGUAGCAUCAUGGGAGGACAGCCAGAUGGGGGAAAGAUGGAUUGCAAGGUGACCUCUGAACUGCAAGGUGACCGCAGUCCACUAAUACCAUCUGAAAAACCAAUGAGGGAUAUUAUAGGGAGAGACAGACAAAGACAUACUUUGCAAGAGGAUUUCAAAGAGACCUUUUUUUCUAAAGUUCAAGUCUUCCUUGAAACAAGACUGGUAGAAAACGCUGUUUUUGACUCCUCAGUUUUUGUAUUGUAGUAAAACUGAAAUCUUUUUGUAGAUAACUUUUGUUAAUGGAGAGAGUGAGAGAGAGAGAGAGAGAAAAGAGCGGAGGAAGAUGUUCAAUUAAAUCUUCUUUGUCAUA